UUUGGUGAACCAUGGUUGCAACUUGGGAGGAGAGCAGUCGCCGGCGCCCCCCGUCCCGAUCCCAGCCUCGCACCAACGCCGAAACCGAAGCCCGCAGCGGCGGGCCGGCGGCAGGGCAGGUCGUUGAUCCCCGAGCAGCGGCGAUGGAGAAGGGCAAGGGCCUCGCCCGCCGCUGGGCGGUGGAGCUCCACGACGCCUCCUCCUCCGCCUCCCCCGCCGUCCCGGACCCCCCCGGCUUCACCAGAUCCGCGCCCGACGCCGACGACGCCGCCGGCGCGCGCCAGCGGAAGGACUCCGAGACCGCAUGGAAGGCGCAGAAAGCGUGGGAGGUCGCGCAGGCGCCGUUCAAGAACCUCAUGAUGAUGGGCUUCAUGAUGUGGAUGGCCGGGAGCACCGUCCACCUCUUCAGCAUCGGCAUCACCUUCUCCGCUCUGUGGCAGCCCAUCAGCGCCCUCCGAUCCGUCGGAAAAGUUUUUGAACCAUUUAAGGACCCUAGGGUGGACACUAUUGCUCCUAAGUUGCUCUUCAUUGCUCUUAAUUUGGCUGCGAUGGGUUUGGGUGUAUGGAAGCUUAAUACGUUGGGACUUCUUCCAACAAAUCCAUCAGAUUGGGUAUCUUCACUGGCACCUGCUCGGGAGGUUGAAUAUGCCGGUGGGGGCAUCCCCUUGAUCUGAGGUCGUUUCCUGCCUUUCAACUAUCACUAUUCGGAAGAUGAUCUGUACUAAGUGAAAUGUUAUCCUGUACACGGGAGAAGUGUAGUUCUCAUGUGGACAAUUUGUGUUACCUUUCGCUUGAGCUGUACCAAUUUUGUGACUGCGUGCCAGUGCCCCGUGGUAUCAACUGGACAGUAACAGACUUAGAUAAACAUAGUUUACUCGUUUCGCUUGGUUCCUUGUUUCCCUUUGUUUCAGAACGGUCUGUUGCUACUUGCUAAUUUUAUCAUUAGCUAUGAGAGACAAGAAGGGACAGUGGUUAGUGAGCACCUGUUUGUAAAUGCAUCUGGGAGAGCCUUGAUUCUUU